CCCGCCGCCGCCACGACAUGAUUUCCAGGGAAGUUUCAGGAAAGAGUCUGUUUAGCAAAGCUAACUUCACAUCCUGCUGAGAAAGUCAGCUUUUCUGCCUGGCUGCUACUUUUGUAACAUGCUUAAACGAAGGCUUUACUAUAAAGAGACUAAAUUCUGCUCCCUGACAUAUAUGGGUGCAGUAGAGAAACGUAUCCUGAAGAACUGCUGUCUCAACAGAGUCGAAGAGCAGGGAGAGAGCAGAGAGGAGAAAAUGAUCAGUUUCUCCAAGGAUAUGUGUUACUGUAGUCUCUCAUGCCUAUACACUUUAUACUGCUGUUCAGUCGGCAGGGGAAGUUAAGGCUUCAGAAAUGGUACACGACGCUACCUGAUAAAGAGAAGAAAAAGAUCAUUCGAGAAAUUGUUCAGAUUAUUUUGUCUCGCAAUCAAAAAACAAGUAGUUUUGUUGACUGGAAAGACCUCAAGCUUGUUUACAAAAGGUAUGCUAGUUUGUACUUCUGUUGUGCAAUAGAAGACCAGGACAAUGAACUCCUGACACUAGAGGUCGUUCACCGAUAUGUAGAGCUUCUGGACAGAUACUUUGGAAAUGUGUGUGAGCUGGAUAUUAUCUUUAAUUUUGAGAAGGCUUAUUUUAUUCUUGAUGAGUUUAUAAUUGGUGGAGAAGUACAAGAAACUUCAAAGAGGUCUGCAGUGAAAGCCAUAGAAGACUCUGACAUGUUGCAGGAGACAGUGGAAGAGUACAUGAACAAGCCUGCAUUUUAAUGUUACAACUGUCUGGAGAGAGAACUGCUGUAUGCACCUGUAAACUGUACUUCCUAAAAUUGCUUCCCAAUGUGCCAGAGCCUCAGAGAAAUACCAAAAGCAAUAACUAAGGGGUUUGUUUGUAUAAUUGUGAAGAUGAAGGUCAGCCAAUGUAGCAGAGGGUUCAACAAUUCUGUACUUGCCUUACUCUGCAUAUGAGUUUCUCAGAAUUGUUAUUACCCUUCAUGUAGUUUCUCUUCUCCUUGCUGGACUAAACACUUGUUUUGUACCAUGCCUUUUAGCUACUGGUUUUGUCAUCAUAAAAUGUUACUUUGAUGGUACUUAGAAGUAUUUUUACUAGUUUUAGUCCAUUGCUGACCAUAUGACUCUACUUUUGUACAAAUGUCCAUUAUUUUGAAUGUAAUGAUUAUUCUGCUCUAAUAAUAAUUUUUUCCAAAAGCCAAAUUGUUGUGGGCUUUGAUUUCACAAGCGUAUUUUGAAAAGAUGAAACCAUCUAGUUUAGGAAGAAAUGUGCUUCUCUUUGGACCAAGCCCCUUUCUUUCACUAUCUUCCUUCUAUUUUCUGCUCUAGUCUGCUAAUAAGACUGCUCCAACUGCUACUAGUAUGCACACCACACCUCUAAUCUGGAAGGCUGUUCUGACUCAAGGUGGGCUUCUCCCAGGUUUAAUGAAUCAUUUUUGCUGCUGCAUACAGAUGGCCUCUUUCUGUCUUUCUCCUCAUUUUCCUGUCCCCCUCCUAGGUUCCCUGAACCUAAACAAAGGCUGUAACCUUUGGAAGUGUGCAGCUUGAGAGCAAGGAGAUGUCCAGAAGAGAAGAAAUUAGUCUUUGGGAGUCAUUGAUUGCGCAGGUUUGCAUUUCCCUUCGGCAUAGAUUUUCUUUGAUUUCUGGGUUGUACAGUUGGUAUUUUCCUUCAGGGAUGUUCUUCAUUCUUACUCCUGCUCUUUCAUUGCUCCUUCCUUCCCAGUCUGUCUGUAUCUUCCUGUAGUGAGGUUUGGGGUUUUUUUGGAGGGUGGGAGCACUUUGACACAACAUGACAACUUUGUUAAUUGUCAACCCGGUUUUCUGCCUGUUAUCUAGUCUGUUAGUAAAACUGUUACAAGCUUGCUCAUAGCAUCAUGAUGCUCUUAUUAUAAUUACUUUAUCCACCUGUUUUCUCUGUAUUGAUGUCAAAGGCAUACUUUCAGGACCAAAAAAAUGGUGAAACUGCUGAAGGGCUUUCAAUAGCUCUGAAGACCUUCAAUUUAGUAGUAAAUUAAUGAAAUUGUAUGAGUUGUAUAUUAUUUUCUCAUGGCUUGAAAUGAAGUUGGUUUUUUUAAGUAGCAUUUAAUUGAUUAAGGAGCCACUUUAGAACAUGCAGAGACUCUUUCCGCCCUUUACUUUUAUAAGUGUCUUUUAUUCGGUGAAAUCAUCAGCAGUUUCAUUUGCUUUUACUCCUCCUUUUUGGAACCACACUGUGAUUUUCUGACUCUUACAAUUCUUGUGUGAAUUCUGGAGUAUAUGAAAAUAGGAGUUCCAAAAAGAAGAUUUCUUGGUAUGAAUAAAGAUAUCUUAAGCUUUUUUCUUCAGUC